CCCCGGUCCGACCCUCCCUCUGUGUCCUAUCGCCAUCGCCGCGACCGAGCACCCAGAGCGCCGCGACUGAGCACUCAAAUCACGGCAUCCAGGCCCGCGCGGCGAGACUAUCGCGCCGUCACUGCACGCCUUCCGCGCAUUCUCUGUGCUGUCAUCGACGCGCCUCUGCGAAGCGCUUACUUUCCGCUUCAUAAUACGACUCCCACGCCAACGCUAACCAG